AUGAGAUUGAAUGAUGACGACCAGGUAACCAAGUUUUCAGCAUCCACGGUCCACUUGGAACAUAUUACCACUGCCUUGAAUUGUUUGACUCCCUUUGGAACGAAGGAUGAUGUCCUAAUAUUCAUCGAUGCCGAUGGCUUAUCGUUCGUCCGGGAGAAUAACCAUGUGAUUAGGAUUCAAUUGUUGUUAUCUAGAGAGUUGUUUAUGUCAUAUUUGUACCGGUCCGAGGUUAUUGAGGAUGAAGAAGGUGCAAAUCAUAUGAAAUUAUGUGUUAAGAUCAACCAUAUCUUAGAUAGCGUAAAUGUGACAAAUCGAAAUUUGGAUGACGUUGUAGAAUGUACUAUUUCCUAUGAUGGUCAUGGUUCACCUUUUGUUUUCAUCUUUGAAGAUUCUAUGAUCUUGGAAAGAGUGGAAUAUUCAACGUAUGUGAUCAAAGAUAUGGACAAUACUGGUUUGACGUUAGAUAAGGAUCAUGUUAUCUUUGAGUGUAUAAUGAAGGGGGACGUACUUUAUAAGGCAUUGAAAGAAUUAAAGGAAAUAGAUUGUAAAGAAUGCUAUGUAUAUGUAAAGACAAGUUCAGACGGUGAUGAAGACGUAUUCGCAUUCAUUUCUAAAUCGGAAUUAGGUUUCUCCAAGAUACGAUUACCAAGUAAUAAAUCAAUAAUAGAAAAAUUACAAGUAUAUGAAAAUGACUCUACAACUAUAUGUCAUGAUGUUCCUGCCAUUGGCUUUUUCGAUUUUGCUUCGUUUGACAAAAUUAGAAUGAGUACUAAGAUUGCCAGUAAAGUGUUAUUUAGAAUGGAUGUUCAUGGAUUAUUAAGUGUUAACAUAUUAAGUCAAACGGACGAUAUUGUAAUAACGGAUAAAACAGUUGCUACAAAGAGUUUUGAUACAACUAAUAAACGUUUGCAAUUACCAAAGGACUAUCCUGGAAUUGUCAUAGAAGUUUGUAUGAUCGAGAAGGAGGCAUUGGACGAUUACUCCCAAAGAGAAAUCGAACUUUUGAUGCAAACAAAUGAAUUAGGUGAAACUGUUAGAAAUGUAAAGGGGAAAUCUAAGAAACGUGUCAAUCCAAAUUAUAAUGACAGGAAUGACGUAAAUAAUAAUCUAUUGCAAAUGGAAAACCAUAAAAAAAUAAGAAUUCCAGAAUCAAAUAAUAUUCAAGAAGAAAAGGAUGAUCAAGAUAACCAUGAGGAAGAGGAUCAAAGUAAUAACAGCACGUAUCCGUAUGGAACUAAUGAUCUUCCUCUGUUCUUUUGA